AUGGAUGCACACGUCAGUUAUAAUCUAUUCGACAGACGCCCGAUAACCAAGUCGAAAGCCCCUGCUGUUAAAUGGGUUAAAGAAUGGAUGCCACAAGAUGUUGUAUCAACUGGUGGAAGGUGCUUACUUUUGAAAUGGGUCAAUGAGGCCACAUUGAAGGCUGUGAAAGAAAAGUCAAAAGAGCCCGAAGUAGUACACGAGCCUGAACCAACAACAGAAGUUCUUUUCCUUUGUAGUUACGAAGGCUGUGGAAAGACUUUUAUUGAUGUUGGAGCUUUGAGGAAGCAUUCUCACAUCCAUGGGGAGAGGCAGUAUGUUUGCCAUUAUGAUAAUUGCGGAAAGAAAUUUUUGGAUAGUUCAAAAUUAAAGAGGCAUUUUUUAAUUCAUACUGGGGAGAGACACUUUGUAUGCCCGCACGAAGGCUGUGGUAAGGCAUUCUCUCUAGAUUUCAAUCUAAGGUCACACAUGAAAACACACUGUGUCCUCUUAAUAGUAUUAACGGGGUAUCCUGAAUGCGGAAAACGUUAUACACACGAGUACAAGCUGAAGAAUCACAUUGCAUCUCAUCAUGAGAAGAACAUGGUAGAUGCAGUUAAACACACUCCACCUGCAGAGAAGCCAGUGAAAACUGCUAAAUCUUCUGCAGGACCUUCUGGACCCGCAUCAUCUUACCGCCCAUACGCCUGUCCAUAUGCAGGGUGUGAGAAGGCCUACAUCCACGAGUACAAGCUGAAUCUUCAUCUAAGAAGAGAACACCCUGGCCAUUUUCUGGAUGAAAAUGCUAAGAACAACCCACCUAACAAUGAAAACGAGAUGGAUGAAGGCAGUGAUCAAGAUGUAUAUGUUGGAAAACGAGGCAAUGGUAAAGUCCAGAAACGGAGUAGGCAGAAGCCAAAUUUAAAACCACCUCCUUCAAAAGUUCCUCAGCGGAAAAGCUCCAGUGCUUCUCCUGCCAACCUGAAUAUAAUGAAAAAAUCUUGGCCCAUCAAAGAGGACGUGUAUGACAAUGAAGACAGUGAAGAAACAGAAGAGGAACGUGAUAAUGUUGGAGAAGGAUGGAUGUACGGAGAAAACAAUGAGGAUGAUGAUGAAGAGACAGAAUACGAGGACUAG